UCGAAUCGAGCUCUUGAUCAUUAAAACCCAACAAAAAUUGUUAUCGUGAGAAUUCAUGAUAUAAAUCUUUGCAAACACAUAAGAAGAGAAUCCCCUUAACAACUGCCGAUAAAAUUAUAGUAAAGUAUUUUAUCAUAUUAUGCAUCAUACGUUGUUAAAUAUCUAUUAAUAAAAAAAACAACAUGCAAAUUUUCUUAUCAUCAAUUUCAUUCAGAUUCAAUGAUAAAAUAAUAAAAAUAAUCAUCCAAUUGCCGAUAAGUGCAAGUGAUAACGAUACUAACGCCAUCAAAGCAGGGCAUUAUUAUUGAACAUAUGUUAGGUUUAACUUGCGUUUAUAUUCGAAGCUAUUUUUUAGUUUUUUUUUUAUAAAUAAUGGAUACACGAGACCAGAUUUUAUCUAUGAUAACAAACAAGUAAAAUUUUGAUUUUUUAAAUUACGUAAAACACUCCUUACAAAAGAAUUAUUUAUAAAAAAUAUCACAAAGAGCGCGCACAAAAUACAUGUAUCUAUGACCAUUGUAUUUUGAAAUAUGUAAAAAAUUAAUAUAACGUUUUUAUAAUUAUUUUAUAAUAUUUAAAUCAUGUCUAAUGAAUUAAAAUCUAUUACUAAGCCAAAACGGCAACAACAUAAAAAUCAACAUUGUGAAAAGAAAAUAAAUGAAGAAGAAUAUGAGAAUAUUGAGUCAUUUUUUUCAAAAUUCUUUAACUUGUCUAUACAAAAUAAACCAAAGUGUACAAAAAGUAAAGAAGAGUCUAUCAAAUUUAUUCAAGAUAAUAGUAGAACACAAUUUGCACAAACUGUGACCAAAUUAAGUAUUCCUACUAUGAGUAAACAAAAUGGAAUGAUGAAAAUGAAUAGACCAAACGUUCAUCCGAAAAACUCUAAAAAAUUUUCCGUAAAACCACAACUAAGAAAAAGAUAUAUAAGUCCAAGUAAAGAAGAAAUUAAGAAUAAGAUAGAACAAAGAGAGGAAUUGAUACCAAAAAAAAGGGAUAUAUUAUCAUAUAAUGGGAAUGCUUCAUCAAGUAAUUUAUGUGAAGAAGAACAAAAAUCUAUAAAAAAAUCACAAAAAAUUGUAAAGCCUAUAAGAUUAGAGGAAAAAUUCCCAAAGUUUAUACCAAUUUCUAAAAUGAAAACAAUAUUAGAAUCUCAAAACCCAACAGAUUUGAAAUACAUAAAAGGAUAUUUGCGUAUUAACCCUAAAUUUGGUAAACAUGCUUAUAUAACUAUGCCUAAUGGAGAAAAUGAUUUAUUAAUUAUUGGUCUGCGUGAUAGAAACCGUGCUUUUAAUGGAGACUUAGUAGUAGCUAGCAUAAAUGAAGAAGAAAAAUGGCAUAGAGGUACUAAUGAACAAAAACAAAAAACUGGUACAAUUGUUUGUAUAUUAGAAAAAAUACACCCAAGAAAAGCAGUUGGAUUUUUAAAGCAAUCUGAUCCAAUAAUAUUACUGCAACCAAGGGAUAACAGAAUACCAAUGAUUAAAAUACAUUUAGAUACACUGCCAGAAAUUUAUAAUACUAAACCAUCUUUAUUCGAAGAAAUUUUAUUUCUUGUUGAUAUUACUGCUUGGGAAAAGCCACGAUAUGCUAUUGGGAAAAUUGAACAUAUGAUUGGCACUGCAGGGGACAUGGAAGUAGAGCUUAAUGUUAUAUUACUUGAAAAUAAUAUAAAUACAGAUCCUUUUAAUAAGGAAUUGGUGAAAGAUUUACCUUCUGCAGAAAAUAAUUUGACUUUAAUGGACAUUAAGGAAAGAGAAGAUUGGAGGCAAACUUGUGUGUUUACUAUUGAUCCUGCAACUGCAGUUGAUUUAGACGAUGCUGUUUCUUGUACAGUUUUAAAAAAUGGAAAUUAUGAGGUAGGAGUACAUAUCUCAGAUGUAACCCAUUAUUUAAAAGCUUCUUCGCCAUUGGAUAUGGAAAUUGCUAAACGUGCUACAACAGUAUAUUUAGUUAAUCAAGUUUAUCACAUGAUGCCACAGGAAUUACGUAAAUUAUGUUCUCUUUUACCUGGUCAAGACAAAUUAACUUUUUCUGUUAUUUGGGAAAUAACACCUGAUGUACAAAUUGUAAAACAUCGUUUUGCAAAAACUAUAAUUAAUUCGUGCUGUCAAAUGACAUAUGAACAAGCUCAAAAGAUAAUUGAUAAUCCUGAAUAUCCUGAUGUUGAUGAGACAUUGAAUAUAAAGGGAAAUUUUACAUUUUUUCAAAUCUGUGAUGUGAUCAAAAAUUUAUAUAAUUUAUCUGAACAAAUGAGAACUAAAAGGUAUGCAGAUGGUGCUCUUAAAAUAGAUCAACCAAAAUUACAUAUUUCUAUUGAUAAAAUAUCUGGAUUACCUACAUCUUAUAAUAUUUUGGAAAAAAUGGAUAGUAACAGGCUUAUAGAAGAAUUUAUGUUAUUAGCUAAUAUGACUGUUGCAACUCAUUUAUAUAAAACAAUGCCUGAAUAUGCUUUGCUGAGAAGUCAUGAUUAUCCUUCCGAACGUUUUCUAACUUUAACUCAAAAUAUUCUUCAGAGAUUUGGAAUACACUUAGAUAUUGCAUCUUCUGGAGAUUUAUAUAAUAGUAUUCAACGCUAUGAAUCGUGCAAAGAGUUGGAAUCUGAAACAUACAUGUAUUUAACAAAAUAUAGAUUGAUGGUUAUUAAUAAUCUUUGUUUGAAAGCAAUGACACGUGCUAUAUAUCGUUCAUCUAAAGUUACAGAAGUAGAUGAUUUACGACAUUAUGCACUAAAUGUACCAUAUUAUACUCAUUUUACUUCUCCUAUUCGAAGAUAUCCUGAUUGUGUUGUUCAUCGAUUACUUCAUUCUACUAUAUCUUUAAAUGUAGAACUAGCUCCAAAUUGGAGUUCUGAAUUAUGUUCUAAAAUAGCAACAAACUGUAAUUGGCGCAAAUAUUAUGCAAAACUUGCUGAGGAACAAAUUAAUGAAUUAUAUUUUACAUGUUUAGUAAAUAUGAUAGGAUCAAUGACUGUUAUAGCUAUUGUAUUGGAUGUCAAACAGUAUUAUAUAGAAUUUAUUCUAUGUGAUACUGGAAUUAAAGCAAAAAUGGAUUUAAAGGAAAUAAAAAAUAAAACAACUAUUGAAUAUACAACUGAACAUUUAGUUCCAACAUUAACUAUAACUUGGAAAGAAUCCCAUAUUACUCAGGUGAUAACUACUUUUUCAAUAGUACAUUUAAGAAUCAAUAAACAUCCUAAUUGUUUUCGAUUAAAUACUGUACUUCUAGAACCAAUCAAAAAUCAUGACUGCUAAGUGAAUAUAAUAUAUUUAACAUGUAGAAAUUUCUUUUAUAAUGUAGAUAACCAGAUUUUUUUUAUACAAGAAGCUUUAAACUAUACUAUUAAAAUAUCAUUUUGUGUUAUUAGUAAGAAAAAGACCGAUUUUUUUAAUGCUAUAAAGAAUCUAUAAUUGUUUAAUUUUGAUAGAAAACAAAAAAUGUUACAUUUGAUUAUAUAUUAAAAUUCUUCGAGUAUUUCAAUAACAUUUUUUAUUAUAUUCUGCACAUAUUUUUCUUGUAGUAUAGAAAAAUUAUAUU